GAUGAAAUUUAUUGUCUAUGCGAUGAUUUGACAAGAAGAUGACAAGAAGCAUGUGGUGUCCUUAAUAAGAUUAUUGCGAAUCUCGAUUAAUUAAAAGAAAGUUAAUGAUGGCUGAUUUCGAACCGUUAGAUCCGUCCUUAAAGAACGUAAUCGAUCAGACAACAUUGAAAUGGAUAUUUGUAGGUGGAAAAGGCGGUGUUGGUAAAACAACUUGUAGUUGUAGUCUUGCCGUCCAAUUAGCUAAAGUACGCGAAACGGUGCUCAUAAUUUCAACAGAUCCAGCUCAUAACAUUUCUGAUGCUUUUGACCAAAAGUUUACCAAAAUUCCAACUUUAGUUAAAGGUUUUGAGAAUUUAUACGCCAUGGAAAUUGAUCCUAACGUUGGUUUUAAUGAAUUACCCGAAGAAUAUUUUGAAGGUGAUCAAGAUGCAAUGAGAAUGAGCACUGGAAUUGUACAGGAAAUAAUUGGGGCUUUUCCUGGAAUUGAUGAAGCUAUGAGUUAUGCGGAAGUAAUGAAAUUAGUAAAAAGUAUGAAUUUUUCGGUUGUGGUGUUUGAUACGGCCCCAACCGGUCAUACUUUAAGAUUACUUUCGUUUCCGCAAGUCGUCGAAAAAGGCCUAGGGAAAUUGUUGCGUUUAAAACUAAAAAUUUCCCCAUUAAUUUCCCAAUUAUCUGCCUUAUUAGGUGCCAGUGAUUUUAACACCGAUACAUUUUCAACGAAAUUAGAAGAAAUGUUAACGGUGAUACGUCAAGUUAAUGAGCAAUUUAAAAAUCCAGAUCAAACAACUUUCGUUUGCGUUUGUAUCGCCGAAUUUUUGAGUCUGUAUGAAACUGAGAGAUUAGUUCAAGAAUUAACUAAAUAUAAAAUAGACACCCAUAAUAUAAUUGUAAAUCAAUUGCUUUUCGCUGGAAAUAAAGAAUGCAAAAUGUGUUGCGCGCGAAUGAAGAUUCAGGAUAAAUAUUUGGAUCAAAUUAAUGAUUUAUAUGAAGAUUUUCAUGUAACUAAAUUGCCGUUGCUUGAGAAGGAAGUUCGAGGUGGUGAUAGUGUUAAAUCGUUUUCUGAGUAUUUAGUUAAUCCUUUUAAACCAACAUGAUAAAACAAGUUGGGUAAAUAAUGCUAAAUUUGUGUGUAUAUAAAAAAAGUUGUUUAAAUUCCUUAUAUAGCUUUGAAAAAAAUUUUUUUUAGUACUUAUCGGUGCAUAUAUUCGCGCAGGUGUGAUCGAUAGGUGAUAUUAAUUUGUGGUUAUUGUACAUUUUUUGUAAUGUUCCACGUUUGAUGGUGUAUGCAAAUAGUUAUUAAAAAUCUUAACUUUC